CAAGUUAGCUUAGCUUCGUUCGUUGUGUGGCCUGCGCUUAUGUAUCUUAACCAUCAACCAUAGUUACAGUUAUGUAAAGAAUGAUAAGAAUAUAUUAGUACAGUGUUGCAUCAUAUCUCGUAAGAGGAACACAGAGUGCGUAGUUUGAGAUGUCAAAUUAACAAAAAAAAAUUAAAGUUGAUAACGCGCUGUUUUACGAGCUGAGCUGAAACAUCUGUGAUAUUUUAGAGUCGAAUAAAAAUGUCUUAUAAACCAGUGACACAUGUUUUAUUUGAUAUGGACGGAUUAAUAUUGAAUACGGAAGAUUUGUACACGAUAGGAUUUCAAAAAGUUGCUACUCGCUAUGGAAAGAACUUUGACUAUACGUUGAAGUGUAAGAUAAUGGGUCAGCAGAGUAAAGAAUUUGCAACUUCUAUUGUAGAAGGUCUCGAGUUGCCCAUGACUAUAGACGAAUUUUUGAAGGAAACUCGGACAAUUUUCAGUGAACUUUUCCCGCAAAGCAAAAUUAUGCCUGGUGUUGAAAAACUUGUUCGUCAUCUUCAUGAAAACAAUGUUCCUAUAGGAUUGGCCACUAGUAGCAGUAAGGAGACGUACGAUUUAAAAGUAACAAAUCAUCAGAAUUUUUUUAAUUUAUUACCAUACAAAACUUGGGGUUCUUCGGAUCCCGCUGUGAAGAGAGGUAAACCCUACCCAGACAUAUUCCUCGUUGCCGCUGACAAGUUUCCGGACAAACCUGCUCCAGAGAAGUGCCUGGUGUUUGAAGAUUCGCUGAACGGUGUGCGUGGUGCGCGAGCAGCCGGCAUGCAAGUAGUUAUGGUGCCGGACCCGCGCUUGGAUCGCGCUCUAGCCGCAGAUGCUACUCUCAUACUUGACUCUAUGGAGGACUUUAGACCAGAAUUAUUCGCACUACCACCUUUCACUAAUUGAUAUUUAAAUGAUCUUUCAAUUGUGUAAGGUAUAAUGUAGAUACGUUUCGGUAGCUUAUAGAAUUCUCGAGUCUGCGCAAGAACUCUCCGGUAGACGCGGGGCACGGCUUAUUCCAUUACCGAAAAAUAAGUGUAUAUUUUUGGCUCAUUUCCUUGUAUUUCUUCAAACUUCCAAAUAUCAUGUAUAAAAAAGAAAUUCUGUAUAUUGUGCGAAAUCGGUACUGAUCUCCGAGACUAACACAGGCAUAACCUUCAAAAAAUAAAUCGCUUGUCUUCUAAACAAAGGGGCGACUAAUUCUAAAAUUGCGCGACUAGAACCGACAAAUUCACGACUUCAGGGGUCCACUCUCAAUCUCCGUCCGAAGCAAUUACUGCCAAUUAAGCAAUACUUGACUAAAUGAAAAGACGCGUGAUGCGAAUGAAGCUUCAUACUUGAUACUUGUCUUUUAAUUUUGUUGAAUAUUACUUAUUUGACAGCAUUGACUUAUUAUUUGUAAGUCAAUGUUUGACAGUAAUUGUUUCGGACGGAUGUCGGACGUAUGUAGAUCGAUAGUAGACCCCCAGGUUCAACUAGGAGCUGUGGUUUUCGAGAUUCAAAAAUGGUGCCGCGCCAGAAUAAGCUUAUUUCAGGGUGGAUAGUAAAACACCUUAAUAACUUCAAACCGGCGUAACGACUAAACUUAGUUUUUUACGACUAGAACCGACUAAAUCACGACUUUUUUUUAGUAUAAUCAGAUUUAAGAUAGGUCCUGUGGUUUAUUCCUGCGUGGACAUUUAAACACCCUUAUAACUUUUGAAUGGCGGACCGACUAAAUCUAAUUUUUUGCGACUAGAACCAACUAAAUAGAGACUUUUUCUG